AUGUUGAGUGUAGUGGAAAGCCUCCUCCUUCUUGUUGUAGCUAGUGAGAUAGUACUGGGGAUUUUAGGGAAUGGAUUUAUUGGACUUGUAAACUGCAUUGACUAUCUCAAUAAUAAGAAGCUCUCCAAGAUUGACUUCAUUCUCACUGGCUUGGCUAUUGCCAGAAUUUGUAUGAUAUGGUUAAUAACAGUAGAUGGAUAUAUAGUGAUAUUCUCUCCACAUAUGUAUACCUCUGGUAAUGUAAUUGAAUAUAUUGGUUACUUAUGGUUAAUUCUCAAUCUCUCCAAUAUAUGGUUUGCUAGCAUUCUCGGCGUCGUUUAUUUCCUGAAAAUAGCAAAUUUUUCCCACUCAAUUUUUCUCUGGCUUAAGAGAAGAGUCAAUAUGGUUUUGAUCUUUUUGCUAGGGUGCUUAUUCAUGUCAUGGUUAUUUGCUUUUCCACAAAUUAUGAAGAUGAUGAAUGCUAAUGAAGUGCAGCAUAAAAACAAUUCCUGGAGACUCCACCUAAGUAAAGCUGAGUUCUUUAUUAACCACAUUUUUCUCCAACUGGGAGCUGUUUUCUUCUUUGUAAUAGCCCUGAUUCCAUGUUUCCUGUUAAUCCUUUCCCUUUGGAGACACAAAAGACGGAUGCAGUUGAAUGCCACAGGAUCCAGAGACCUCAGCACAGAAGCUCAUGUGAAAGCAAUGAAAGUUUUAAUACCUUUUAUCAUCCUCUUUAUCUUGUAUUUUAUAGGCAUUGCAGUAGAAAUAUCAUGUUUUUUUAUGGACUAAAACAAGCUUCUAUUUAUUUUUGGUUUGACACUCACAUCCAUCUUUCCCUCUGGUCACUCAUUUCUCCUAAUUCUAGGAAACAGCAAACUAAAGCAAGCCUCGUUGAGGGUACUGCAGCAAUUACCAUGCCAUGAGAAAGGAAAACAUCUCAGAGCAACAUAG